GGCAGAAGCAAAUGCAAAUGCCAGUCACCUUCUAGAUAUUUAAAGCGAGGGAGGUCUGUAAGGACCUGGAGGUAGGUCUUGAUCGCCUCUUCGUGGGCAUUUGGUGCCCCUGGGAAGCUGUGUGGAAAUGGGGAUUUUGAAGGAAAUUGUCGGGGCUAUUCUAGCUCUCUCGUUGGUCGUCUUUAUCACACUCUUUGGCCGAAUUCCAGCUUUUAGAAAAACUCCAGUUGGUUAUAUAUAUCGUUUUGUCUGGAUACACAUUCCUAGAUACGCCCGAGACGCAGAUGGAUAUUUAUUUGGGGGAAGGUUACUCAGUUGCUGUGGGAGGACGGGAAAUUAUCUCAUGAACGAAAACCAUCCGUUGGUUUUGAUCUUCUUUGUCGGCCUGCUCGUUAUCUCUGAGGCUAUUUUCAUACCGGCAGCGUGGGGAAGGCUGAAUACUAUCCACAAAUUUAUGGUCCCUGUUGUCGUCGUUUUACCAUACGCAUUUCUCUAUCUCAGCGUCAACUCAAAGUCCGCCAUUACCCCUGAGAAUCACUUGAAAUACCUACGUGAAUACCCUUAUGAUAAUAUGAUAUUUCACCCGAACAUGACAUGUAGAACAUGUCAUCAUUUGAAACCUGCCCGCAGCAAGCAUUGCAGCCUUUGCAAGUCUUGUGUUGCACGGCACGAUCAUCAUUGCGUAUGGUUGCGCACCUGUGUGGGCCGGAACAACUAUCAUUACUUCCUAGGGCUGCUAUUAUUCACAUCAGUGCUCCUUUUUUAUGGUUCAUUUCUUGGAUAUUCUCUCAUGGACGGGGCGUUACAGCAGGCUGUUAGCCCUGCCACGACCCGACAUUGGAGUGCAGAUAUGCCCAUGAUGGUGUUCUUGGACCUUUGGCUUUUGGCCCUUACAGAUGAUCUUCGAAUCGGCGCCAUUACUUUACUGUCACUAUUAUGCGCUCCUUUAUCUUCAGCAAUGUUUUUUUACCAUAUUUAUCUUAUAUGGUCUGGGAUGACUACAAAUGAAAGUAGUAAGUGGGGGGAAUGGCGUGACGAUAUUAGUGAUGGCUUUGCAUAUAUAGCAAAGGCCAAGGAAGUCCGCCCACAACAUGACAUACAUCCGAGAGACGAGGAUAUCAUCUGGCCGAAACGAAGUGACCAGACGCUUAUAUAUACCAACGGCCAACCGCCUAGGGUAGGAUAUACGUUCACUGACGAACGAAACUCAAUAAAACAGCCGAGCAGAUACGACGCCCCGAUUGACACAAGGUGGACACAGGUACAAAGUCUCAAGGAAAUAGUAAAUAUAUAUGAUCUGGGGUUCUUAGGGAACCUUUGGGAUUCUAUUUUAAAGCGAUAAUAGAGUCAUGCAUAUUGAUUAUUAGAAAAGAUUAGCUAGUUGCUGUCUUCAAGCUCUUUAUCUUUAUAUCAACAUUUC